AUGGGACCAAAUAAUAGUAGCGGCAGCAGUAAUGAAAUAUACGAGGCAAUAAAUCCAGACUUAACUGCUGCUCAAGUAACAGUUUGUUCAAUUAAUAACAGAUUAAUUUAUAAUCUUGAAUAUAAAGUCAAUAACUAUAACAAUAAUAAUAAUAACAAAGAAGACUUGAAUAUUAAUUAUCAACAACAACAACAACUAAAAUCACAAUCAAAACAAAAUAUUGAAUCAAUUGCAAAUGUUGUAACAGCAAAAUUUUAUAAUCAUUCAAGAAAUCAUUCAAGAAGACAUUCACGUCAAACAUCAUCGAAUUCUGAAAAUUUAUUGACAAUCGACCAACUUUCUUCUGACUCAAUUUGGGAUGAUUGGAUUUUAAAAUAUAUUUCCAACAAUAAACAAAUCAGCGAAGAUAUGGUAUUUACUAAAAAUAGUGAUAAUCUUAGUAAUAUUAUUAGUGAUGACGAUACUAUUAUUAACAAUGGCAAUAACAAUAACGAAGAUGAAUCCAUUGAACAUUGGACGUAG